UAUGAAGUGAAUUAAAGCCCGUGUUUAUUAAAAUCUUAGUCAUCAUAGAGCUGAGCGCAUGCAGCGCACCUGUACAUAAACAUACUGUUGAAGUAGAAGACAAUGAAAUCAAUCGCUGAAUGUGGCUUUUAAAUCAUCGUCAUUUUAAAGUUAUUUUUAUUGAAUGUCACGAGUACACGUGUUUAAUUCACAGCUAUAUUAAACUGAUGUGUUUGUAUCACAAAUUGGGGAAUGCUUUCCUUUCAGACAUCAAUUAAAGAGAAAGUAAAAAUUCAAUUGGAAAAUAAAUCAUGCGUAAACACAGAAAACUAACAAUUGAAAUGUCCUUAAAGUUGAACGAUUAAUUAAUUCUACAACGAUUUUGCUGCUUCUCCGCUAAUGAGAAAAGUUGGUGAACCUGACUUUUCAGUUUACCCUCCGCAUCCUCCUGCUUCUCUCUCCUCCCUCUCCCUCUCCGCUCUGGCUGCGCGCUGUUUUCGGGGGGCUCCUUAUAAAUAAAAUCCACCGUCUCCGGUUCCUCUUCCUUAUUGGUCAGGUGGAGCCGUUACCUCACUCCGGGGCCGGUGACGCAGCGUCUUCACGUAUCCUUCAUGUGCCUCUCUUCUUGUUUCUUAUUGAGAGUCUUGGCGUCGGUCAGAGGGAGAAAGCGGGUUUCGCGACGAGAAGGAGAGUGCGGGACGGACCGGGUGCGCUCGAUACUACACACUUCCCUUCCCGGGAGGAGAGCGGCGCACAAGAGCAACCUCUCUCUCUCUUUAUCUCUCUCACUCUCUCUCUCACACACACACGCAGUCCCUCUCUGGGUCUCUCUCUCGCUCCCUCCCGUACACACACUCACGCCCGCGCGCACGCACGCUCUGCAUACGUCUCCACUUCGCCGUGGUAAAUUACGGCAUUGAUCUCAACGGCGAGUGCGGAUCUGUCUCUUGUGUUCGCCCUUUCUUCGACGGACCGACUUGGAGAAACGCUCGAGAGAGAAGAAACUCCUCUCAUCCUGCGUGUGUCUGCGAGGACCCUUGGUCAUGUCCGUUUAGCUGCCCUGCGUGAUGCCUGAUCAUGACAGCACCACCCUCCUAACCAGACAGACAAAGCGCCGACGUGUCGACAUCGGGGUGAAACGGACUGUGGGUAGCGCAAUAUUCGCCCGCGCCAGGGAGACCCUGUUCGACAGUAUGAACCAAUCACACGGCCCCGAUCAGGAAGGAGACUGCUCGUUGGUCAGUCACGGCCACGGGGGUCCCGCCAGCGAUGGAGAGAAAUCAAAUGUUUUGAGGAAGUUGCUGAAGAGGGCCAACUCGUAUGAAGACACCAUAAUGCCUUUCCCUGGUGCUACCAUCAUCUCUCAGCUACUGAAAAAUAACAUUGGAAAGAAUGGAGGGAGUGACUCAGGCUUCCAGGGGAGUGGAGCUCUGUCCAGUGGAGGCUCAGAGAUCCAGGCUGAAGACGCCUGCAGCAACUCCUCCCGCGACCAGGACAGCCCAUCUGACUGCCUCUCUCCCGGGCCUCCUCUUCCCCCUCCAUCUUCCUCCUCCUCCUUCGGGCGGCCGCCGCCUCCUUCUAGCCUCAACUCCCACGCUCCCUCUCAGCCCCUCUCCCUCUCCUCUUUUGAUCUGGACAGGCUGUCGGAUGAGCACCUUCGUGCCAAGCGCGCCCGUGUGGAAAACAUCAUCCGCGGCAUGAGUCACUCGCCGCUGGUCCGUCCCAAUGCCGGCGACCACAACCAAGAAAGCAACCGAGAGAAUGAGAACAACAGCAACAGCAGUAAUGAUCACAGGGGAGACGGCAACGGCCACAACACCAGCAACCACAACCACAUGCGAAAUGACUGUCCUUCCUCCCUCCUGAGCUCUCCAGGUUCGCGGGCCGGUGUCGUCAGCGUUGGUGAGGUUUACAGGGAGAAUAAGAGAAAGCAGCGUCUGCCACAGCAGCAACAUAGCUUCACCCAGCUGGUGUGUUCCAGGCAGGAGCAGAGACAGGAAGAGAGACGGCAGCUCAAACUGCAGCUGGAGGACAUGCAGAAACAACUGCGCCAACUCCAGGAGAAGUUCUACCAGAUCUACGACUCAGAGACAGAGGAAGAGGAGGAGAACGGUGAGAGUGGAGAGGUCGACCGAGGAGGAGAAAGAGAGGAGGAUGGUAACUUGUCAGAGGACAGCAUCCGCUCUGACGGCCUGGAGGAAAGACACAGGGACAGAGGGCGGCAUAGCCAUGACGAACUGUCCGAGCUGGACCCAGGUCUGUUCCUGGACCGGGCCCGAGCCCUCCUCCGAGAACAGGCCCUGUUAGAUGGAGAAAUAGAGGAAGAUGUGGACGGCAGGGAGGAGGAGGAGAGGAAUGGAGAAAGGGUGAUGAAGAGGAGAGGAAGAGCAGCAGGAGGAGCGGGAGGAGGAGGAAGGCAGUUAGCAGAGACACUGAAGCAGGAACUCAACUGUGCCGUGUCACAGGUUGUUGACACUGUCGUCAAGGGCUUCUCUUCGCCCAAGCAGGCCGUCAGUCACCAUCAUGGCUGCCACAACAACACACCAGCUGCACCGUCCUCCUCCUCCAACUCGUCCUCUUCCUGUCCUCCACCUUUCGGGCCCCUCCCCUCCCUUACCCCGGACUCACGGUUUGGCAGUGGCGCCCUGGCGCUCACUCUGAACGGUGACGGCAGUCCCACCCCUAACUACCACUCCUCCAACCAGAGGCUGCAUUGCUUCGGCGAUGUAAUUGUCCCGAGCCCGCUGGAUUCAUUUGGUGGCUUGAGUGGCAGACUGAGUGGUGUGCCAACGCCGAACGACCAAACAGAGGCACUGCCACUGGUGGUGCGCAAGAGUGGAGGAGGAGGUGGAGGAGACAACACGAACCCCUCUCUUCCUCCUCCUCCUCCUCCUCACCAUCCCUCCCUCCACCCUUCUCCCCUCACUGCCUCUCUCGGGUUCAGCCCUCCAUCGUUUCGGCACCCGUUCCCACUUCCCCUCAUGGGUUACCCCUUUCAGAGCCCCCUGGGGUCACACGGGGGUGGAGGCGGCUACCCUCCAGGGCCCAAAGACCACCAUCGGUCCUCCCCCGAUUCCAUGGACGUGACCCGGGAAACUGUCAGCCUCCGAACCAAAAUGGCAUCCCUUGGAGGGAGCCAUCUCAGCCACCACCACAGGCAGAGCUCACCGAGCCAGCAUGGGCCAGAGGGUCUGUCCCUGUCCCUCAUCAAGUCUGAGUGCGGGGACCUGCAAGACAUUGCUGACAUAUCGCCCUACUCAGGCAGCACUAUUCAGGAGGGCUUGUCUCCCAACCACCUGAAGAAAGCCAAGCUGAUGUUCUUCUACACCCGCUACCCUUCCUCCAACAUGCUCAAAAUGUACUUCUCCGAUGUCAAGUUCAAUCGCUGCAUCACCUCCCAGCUGAUCAAGUGGUUCAGCAACUUCAGGGAGUUCUACUACAUCCAGAUGGAGAAGUUUGCCCGGCAGGCCAUCAAUGAGGGUGUGACUGCUGCGGAGGAGCUGACGGUGGGGCGCGACGCCGAGCUUUUCAGGGCACUCAACAUGCACUACAACAAGGCCAAUGACUUUGAGGUUCCUGAUCGAUUUCUAGAAGUGGCCCAGGUAACUCUUCGCGAGUUCUUCAAUGCCAUCGUGGCCGGCAAAGACGCAGACCCAUCCUGGAAGAAGGCCAUCUACAAGGUGAUCUGCAAACUGGACAGCGAGGUUCCUGAAGUCUUCAAAUCCCCCAACUGUCUACAAGAGCUCCUCCAUGACUGACUAAAGCGAGGGAGGAAACACGGCAAGCAAGAAAAACCUCAGAGGACUGAGAAGACUGUAAGGAAACGCCUCUGAAGGCGCACAGUUAGACUAGGUUGAGGUCUUCAGUGAAAUGCGUUUGAAGGAGUUUGACGCGAUGCAGAGACUAGUUAUUCUAAGUUAUUCUACUUCUGGAGAGGUUUGUUGGUGGUUGUUUUUGGUCAGCCCAUCUUUUAAAGACAAACCUGCCCUCAAGAUGUUUUAUAAAGAAAAAAUAUUCCUCUUCACCGAGGUUGAGGGCUGAGACUUGGGAGUCAGACGAUACUCAAAUUAACAAAUUAUGUUGAGACUUUUAUAAAUUAAAAGCAAAACAGUGAAAAUUGAACCUCCUUGCACUUACAGAAAAGCUCAUCCUCGCCGAAAACCCCCGUCUCCUGUUUCUCCUCUGCCUCGUCUGAGCUCGCUCUUCAUCCUCCUUCAGGGAUGAGGAGGAUUGUGGAUCAAUCUUCAGCCCAAGAUUUCAGGAUCAGGAGCGAACUAAAAAUAAAGAUGAUAAUAUAUAAAAAUCUUUUUAUUGUGGAUGUUUUUAAGUUACAUGGACAUUUUUGAAAAAAAGUGAUGUUUCUGUAUUUUUUCUCCUUUGUAUAAGCUUACAGCUUCUCAGUCACGUAUACAGAUACACAAGCACACGCAACCACACACACACACACACACACACACACACACACACACACCUCUUAAACAGGAAAGCACAGUAGCAAUCCCAAAUCCUCACCCAAACCCAGACAAACUGGGCAAAAAACAAACUUAGUUGUUGUUUAUUUCCCUUCAUUUUGCCUUCUCUUUUUACUUCUUCCUCUUCUUACUGUACUGAGACUUACUGGGUGUUUGUCUUGACUGUGUGGCUCUCCCUGCCCCACCCCUCCCUGGCUGCCCCUUUUGGCUCAUGUUGUAUUCAGGCACCCAGAGCAUCGAUGACAAAAAUUGUACGAUUUCAUAUUUAAAAAAUGAAAUGACUGACACUAUAUCAGUCAACAACAAGAGUCCAAGUCUGAGACAAACAACAUGAAAAGAUUAUUCUGAACUGGCCCAUUAUCCUCAUCCAUAUUUUGAAUCAGCAUGCCAUUUAAAGAGGCAAAUGCUCAUAUUGACAUUUGAGAAUAGCCCCUUUUAAGGUUUUUAUGUAUAAACACAAACCUCCCAAAAAAUCAUCUCCCACUCACUGUUAGCACUUACGGUGAGUUUAUUCAAUAGCUGCGUGUCAGACCUUCAUCAGGCACUUAAAAUGUAUAAGGCAUGAAAUGCCUGAUGAAGGUUGCUUGACCAAAACGUACCAGAUUUUCUGUUUUGACUCAUUUGACCACUUUAUCUCCUACACACCUGUCUGUGUACAGGUGGGCAAAAACAUUUCUUCUUCUUGUUAUUUAACAUUUAUGAUGAGAUAUGUAUUGAACCAGACUUUUUAAAGGAAAAAUAUAAAGCUCCCUGUUGGUUGACAAAUAAGGAAAUGGCAACUACAUGAUCUAUGAACUUUAUCUGUACUGCAUUUUCUUGUUACUCAUAGUUAAUUAUACACCAAUAUCAAAAUGAUGAAAAUAUAGCACUGAUAUAGGAUAACAGAUAAAUACUAGAUGUGGUACUUAGGACAUGAUUGGUGCUGCACCAACUUUGGUGUUGUUGUAUGUGUUUUACUUUAUUUCUGUUAGAGACAUGAUGUUUCACAGAAUCUUAAAACCACAUUAUGCUAAUUUUUUAUGUGCAUUCACAUGGGUUAGUGUUUGCUUAAUUUCACCAUUCAUUUCAGUUUCACCUCAUUCUUAGAUCACAAAACACAUCAAACCACAUGAGGAGAAAACAGAACUGUCUUUGGAUGGUGCUCCAGGACAGGCUGAUCUUUGGUGAUACCAACUUUAAAUCAAUACAGUGUUGUUUUAAGUAUUGAUUGGACUUAAACACUUGCACUGAAGAUUUGAACACUUACUGUGGCACAAUCAAGCGUUCUUAAAUUUGAGCUUGUAUCUUAAACACUCAGUAAUGUUACAUUUUAACACCCAUUCAUCCCUGAAAGCCUCAAACUACAGAUCAUCAAAGUAACAACCCACAGGAUGGAAACGUGUUUUUUUUAGAUAUUUGUCUUUGCUCUGGUUCAGCCAAGAGGGGCAGCUGCACCAGCCGGGUCAUGUGUGAAGUGUUAAAGGUUUUAACAGCAGAAAAAAAACAAACAAAAUGCUGAUAUUUGUAGCUUGUAUAGAUGUAAUAAUUACUCUGAUCACUCUGAUACUGUUAUUAUUUAUAACUGAAAUAAUUAUUCCUAUUAAUGUUAUUCUGAUGAUGAUGAUGAUGAUUAUUAUUAAUGCUUGCUACAGAUUUGACCAGUGGUUUACUCAUUGUUUAUCCAUCACACCGCAACAUGAAAUAAAUUAUUCUUUGAAAAAAAACAG